CGAUUUGGGCUCAGCAGUCCCCACCCCGGAUAUCUGACGCCUUCCCCGGUCUGCACUCCCCGAGUAUAAAGCUAGCGGGCCUGCUUGUGUGUCGCUUUCUUGGCCACUCUAUUUCGUCGUUGAUGGUUAGACGCUGCGAGAGAAGGAUGAAGUUAAUCUUGGCCGCCACGAUCAUCGUGGGCUCCGUGUUUUUCCUCGCCUUCCCCAGCGGCUCGUCUGCGGACGACAAGAAGAAGGGCCCCAAAGUAACCGCCAAGGUAUACUUUGACAUGAAAAUCGGAGAGGAUGAAGUCGGAAGGAUCGUCAUCGGCUUGUUCGGGAAGACUGUCCCCAAGACGGUGAACAACUUUGUGGCCUUGGCGACAGGAGAGAAAGGCUUCGGCUACAAGGGCAGCAAAUUCCAUCGCGUCAUCCAAAGCUUCAUGAUCCAGGGAGGAGACUUCACCAAGGGAGACGGAACCGGAGGCAAGAGCAUUUACGGCGACCGCUUCGCCGACGAGAACUUCAAGCUGAAGCACCACGGCCCCGGUUGGCUCAGCAUGGCCAACGCCGGCAAAGACACCAACGGCUCGCAGUUCUUCAUCACCACCGUGAUGACCAGCUGGCUGGACGGCAAGCACGUCGUUUUCGGAAAAGUAUUGGAAGGAAUGGACGUGGUGCAUAAGAUCGAGGAAACAAAGACGGACGGUCGCGACAGGCCUCUCAAAGAUGUGGUCAUCUCUGAGUGCGGCGUGAUUGAAGUGCCCGAGCCCUUCGCCAUAGCCAAGGAGUAAGAACAACAGCGGGGGGUGGGGGGGGGGGAGCACAAGGCCUGGGGGGUGAGGGGUUCAUCAUACCUGGAGGAGGAGAUGCUUCAUUUGGCCCUCGAAGCAGUGCUGCCGCUGGUCGUCCGCAAGCGUUGUCCACGCCAUCAAGCAUUCCAAGGUGCACUACUUCAAUGGUCAACCUUUUUUUUUUUAUUGUUUAAAAAAAAAGGGAGUUUCUUGUAAUAAAGCUUACAAGUUUUGUUAAA